AUGGAUCAAAUCUAAAAAUAUCGAAUAUCUGAUAUUGCUGUUUGCGUAUGGGCUGUGAAAUAACAAGAUAAAGAGGAAUAUAGAAUGGAAAUUGAGAAAUUAGGAGACACAGGAUCAUACGAUAAAGAAGACUGA